CAGUACUUAAAACGUGUGAGGGUCUCGUCAGAGCGGAGUUCCGCUGCCUCCACACAGGUCAGAGAGCACCGCCCCUCCACGCCGCAGUCAUCACCCUGAACCCGCUCUGAGUGGCCCUCGGAGUGACGAUGGCAGAUUCAUCGCACUGUUUCUACUGUCGGGAGGACCUCGGGGGGAAGAGGUUCGUCCGCAAUGAAGGCAGGCCUGUGUGCGUCCGCUGCCACACCAAGUUCUGCGCCAACACCUGCACCGAGUGCCAUCGACCCAUCCCUGUGGAAUCAAAGGAGCUAAGCCAUAAGGGCCGAUACUGGCAUGAGGAGUGCUUCCGUUGUGCUAAGUGUUACAAGCCUCUGGCCAAGGAGCCCUUCAGCACCAAGGACGACCGUAUCAUGUGUGGGAAGUGCUGCUCCAGAGAGGACGCUCCACGCUGCCACGGCUGCUAUAAAGCCAUACUGGCUGGUACAGAGAGUGUGGAGUACAAAGGGAACUCAUGGCACGACGAAUGUUUCACCUGCUAUAACUGUAAACGACCAAUAGGAUCGCUGAGUUUCCUUUCCAAAGGAAAUGACAUUUACUGCAGCCCCUGCUAUGACAAGAAGUUCGCCAAACACUGCGUCUGCUGCAAAAAGGCCAUAACCUCUGGAGGGGUGAACUACCAGGACGAGCCGUGGCACAGCCACUGUUUCGUGUGCACCUCCUGCUCGAAGCCUCUGGUAGGCAUGAGUUUCACCAAGCACCAGGACCAGGUCUUCUGUGUGGACUGCUACAAGAGCUCUGUGGCGAAGAAAUGCUGCGGCUGCCAAAACCCCAUCACAGGUUUUGGUAAAGGAGUGAACGUGGUGAACUACGAGGGCAGCUCCUGGCACGAAUACUGCUUCAACUGUAAGAGAUGCUCCCUCAGUCUGUCCAACAAGCGCUUCGUAGCCAAGGGGAAAGACAUCCUCUGCAGCGACUGCGGCAACAAGUAGAGAUGGAGAGCCUGGUCAUUGUCUGACAGUGGUUCAUACAGUCAUUAUUGUUUGUUUUAUUUUUUCAUAAAGGCUAGAGUCCCCAUUUCAAUAUUCUGUUCAAGUGAGUUUUUUGGGAGAUGACCCUGUCAGCGAUAGAAGCAUUGGGACCACAAUUAAAUUCAUGUCUGCUGUUGAUUAUUUGCUCCGAUGCUGUGUGCUAACACUAAAACACACUGUGCUGAGUGAUGGUGGCGACGAGCUUUGUCCUGAAAGUUAGAAACGAGAUGCUCGAAAGAUGAAUAGUAUGUAGUCGAGUUUAAACAAGGAGCAACUUCUCCUGUUUAAAUGGGAUGUUUUCAUUCUGCACAGUGUGUGUUGAAGUGUCAGCAUAAAGCCAGAGGGUGUCGUGUAUUUUUAUCAUCUUCUUUUAGCACAGAAAUAACCGCUUAUGUUCAUGGCUAUAACAUUUACUUAUGUAUUUUGAAAGAUGUUUUAAAGGCAAUAUUUUCCUAUGACCAAAAACGUUUUAAUAAUCAAAAUUAUCUCUAUAUUUGUACUUGCUACCUGCCGAAGCAUUGCUAUGCUUAUUGUACGUUUUGAGUAAAUCAACCUUUAUGCACUUUUGUCUCAUCUUCCCUCUAACAAAAGAGGAAAUUUAAAUAUCGAAUUGGAAGAUAUGCAAACUGUAUGCCUUGAUGUGUUGCCAAAUGAAAUAAACUUUCUACAAAACUGAA